UCUCAAAGCAGUUACAUCUCGAGGGUUCUUUUUCAAAGAACUCUCUUUCCGGCGACUAAAGCAGCGGCUGCUUUUUCUCUCUCUUUCGAUCUCGCUCUCGACUGCGAUCAACAAUCAAACAUGGCAGGCUUGGCACCAGAAGGCUCUCAAUUCGAUGCUCGUCAAUAUGAUUCCAAAAUGAAUGAUCUGCUCGGUGGCGAUGGACAAGAUUUCUUCACUUCGUAUGAUGAGGUGUAUGAAAGUUUUGAUGAUAUGGGUCUUCAAGAGAAUCUUCUUAGAGGAAUUUACGCUUAUGGUUUUGAGAAACCAUCUGCAAUCCAGCAAAGGGGUAUUGUUCCCUUCUGCAAGGGGCUUGACGUUAUACAACAAGCACAGUCGGGCACAGGAAAGACUGCAACCUUCUGUUCUGGAAUCCUUCAACAGCUUGACUAUGGUGUGGUUGAAUGCCAGGCCUUGGUCCUUGCUCCUACUCGAGAACUGGCACAGCAAAUUGAAAAGGUCAUGCGAGCACUGGGUGAUUACCUUGGGGUAAAAGUUCAUGCUUGUGUUGGAGGAACAAGUGUCCGUGAAGAUCAGCGUAUUCUUUCAAGUGGGGUUCAUGUUGUUGUUGGCACACCUGGUCGUGUGUUUGACAUGUUAAGGAGGCAAUCCCUCCGCCCUGAUUACAUUAAGAUGUUUGUUCUCGAUGAGGCUGAUGAAAUGCUUUCACGUGGUUUCAAGGACCAGAUCUACGAUAUCUUCCAGCUUCUACCCUCAAAAGUUCAGGUUGGAGUCUUCUCUGCCACAAUGCCCCCUGAGGCCCUUGAAAUAACCCGCAAGUUCAUGAACAAGCCCGUGAGGAUUCUCGUGAAGAGAGAUGAACUCACUCUGGAGGGUAUCAAGCAGUUCUACGUCAAUGUCGAGAAGGAAGAAUGGAAGCUAGAAACCCUCUGUGACCUCUACGAAACCCUCGCUAUCACACAAAGUGUGAUCUUUGUGAACACUCGUCGCAAGGUUGACUGGCUCACCGACAAGAUGAGGAGCAGGGAUCACACUGUCUCAGCCACUCAUGGUGACAUGGACCAGAACACUCGAGACAUUAUCAUGCGCGAGUUCCGUUCUGGUUCAUCCCGUGUUUAAUUACAUGAUCUCCUUGCUGCGGUAUUGAUGCUUCAGCAUGGUGUCGCUGUGUUAAUCACUUGAUCUCUCCUACCCAACCGAGACUAUCUCCAUCGUAUUGGACGUAGUGGACGAUUUGGGCGAAAGGGUGUUGCUAUCAACUUUGUGACUCGUGAUGAUGAGAGGAUGCUCUUUGAUAUCCAGAAGUUUUACAAUGUGGUGGUUGAGGAGCUUCCCUCUAAUGUCGCAGAUCUCCUGUGAGGAAAACUCUCUUUUGCACUGGGAAGUGCUUUGAUACUUAAACAAGCUUGGUCUAGGUAUUUUUAUUUGAAUUUAUGCUUAAUCCUAUGAAACUUGUUUAAUUUUUAGCCGUAAAGUUGCAUGUUCUGGGAUUUUUUUGUAGCGUAUUAGCGCGUGUUGUAUGUGCCUUGAUAACCUUAUACAGGGUUGCUUUGGGUUUUUUUGGUCUUGUGUCUUGUUUGACGCUCGUCUGUUAUUUUAUUUCUGUAGCCUGGAGUCUUUGUGAGUUGAAUUAUUUAUGCAUCUAGUAGUUUAGAACUGUGAAUCAAAGAUUUGUGAGCUACUUUAUAUUUAAUGUUGGAGCUAUUUUAUA